CAUCUGUUUUUGCUGUUCUCUUGUUGUUGACGCGUCAAAGUACAAUAAUAUUAGUUUUCUGAAAUAAACACAGUCAUGGCCACGGACAAAGACACGUUUACGCUGCAGUCCAUCCGGCAGGAUCUCAUUGAUAACAACCUGCAGGCCAAGGCCAUUAUACAGGACAUUCUGAACAGCCGCACGUCGAUCGCCGAACUAGAGGAACUGAAUGAAACUGGACGCGCCAAGCUGUCGUCCAUCCGGAAGAGUAUCGAGCGACUGGACGACUGGGCACGGGAUACGGCAGAUGCAGCCCUCGCCAAGGAAGUGGACACUCAUCGAGACCAGUUCUCCAAGACCCUACAGGCGUUCCGCAAGGCAAAUGUCUCCACGAUUCUUGAGAUUGAGAAGGCCAAUCGCGAGGAGUUGAUGGCCAUAACGGGCGAGAGCGAAUUACGCCAGCGGACAACAGCUCGUGCGCGUCACAACCAAGGCAGCAUGGUCUCGCAGGAGAACGACGUUACUGAGAAGAUGUUGGCCAUUUCGCGUCACCUGUCGGAGACGACUCAAAAGAGUGCCGUCACGCUGGAGACACUAGUGGCCUCGUCGCAAAACGUGGAAGCCACAAGUGACGAGUUGCACAACACGGCCGGCACCAUCACCAUGUCCGGCAAACUUUUAAAGAAGUAUGGACGGCGCGAGUGCACUGACAAGAUGUUGUUAUUCUUCGCGUUUUGCCUAUUCCUAGCAUGUGUGUUCUAUAUCGUCCAGAAGCGGCUCUUUUAGAGAAUACUACUAAGAAGCCCAUUUUGUUACCUAGCUUAAGGUCUAGGCAUUAGCUAUGAGCACAUGACCAUACCUGUUAAGCACCGUGUAUUUAUAUUUAUUUCGCAAAAACUUCCAAUUGUAAACAAAAUACAGCAUACAGGCUAGUAAGGACACCGGGGUACUGCCCCUGGAUUAGUAAA